AUGAAACAGACUGGAUCGAAUUUCACUUGGACUGAUAAACAGAAUAGUAGGAUCUUCUCCCGAAUAGAUCAUGUUUUCCAUAAUGAGGAUUGGGUUGAUGAUUUCCCGAACACAUUAGCUCACUUCUCUUGGGAAACUUGCUCAGAUCAUUGCCUUUGUGUGAUUCAUUCUAAUGCCACCGAGCUUAUUGGUAGUAAGCCAUUUCGGUUUUUUAAUUUCUGGACCGAUCACCCGGAUUAUAAAAAGACAGUUAUGGAUAGUUGGGGGAAGCCUUUGAGAUGUAGUGGUUUGAAGGGGAUUUAUCUCAGAACGAUGCGCCUUAAGCACAAACUGAAGGCCUUCAACAGGAAUGCAAUAGGGAACAUUGAUGAGGCGUAUGAGAAGGCCAAAGAUUCUUACAUUGAGGCUCAAUAUCAAUGCCAAGCUAGUCCUAAUGACAAUAAUCUUCUUAGUUUGGAGAUUGAGGCGGGUAAGCAGUUUCACACACAGGAAAAAAUGUAUCAAAGCUUCUUGUACCAAAGAAGCAAAGUCAAUUGGGUUCAGAAAGGGGAUAGCAAUACUGCUUAUUUUCAUGCUUUCUUGAAAAAAAGGAAGGAAGAAAGCAGGAUUGUCUCGUUUGUGACUGAGCAAGGGGUCUUUAACGAUCAUUUCCCUGAUGUUGUUCAUCACUUUCUUAGUCACUUCCAAAGCAUUAUGGGGAAAGCCAAGCCUACCAGUAUGGAGAUCCAACCUGAUUGCAUUGCGAUGGGGCCUAAACUUAACCUUGACCAACAGGUUCAUCUUCUAAAGCCUUUUUCUCUCAAAGAAGUCAGAGCUGCAAUGUUUAGCAUUCCUAUCACUAAGUCUCCUGGCCUGAUGUUCCCGGCUGAGCUUCAUAGCACAACUCUCUCUCUUAUUCCUAAGACUGAGAGCCCUUCUAAAGCAAUUGACUACCGGCCUAUAGCUUGUUGCACAACAUUGUACAAAUGUGUUUCUAAACUGAUUUGUACUCGACUUGCCAAUGUUCUGCCUACUUUAGUGAGUCAGAAUCAGGGAGCGUUUGUUAAAGGUCGCUCCAUUGCGUACAAUAUCCUUAUUCUCCAAGACAUCUUGAAGAAUUAUAGAAGGAAGAAUUGCUCCCCAAGAUGCACUAUAAAAAUUGACAUAAGUAAAGCUUAUGACACGGUCAAUUGGGAUUUUCUUGAGAAACUUUUGCUGGCCUAUUGCUUUCCUGAAAAGUUUGUUAAGUGGAUAAUGAACAGUGUGAGAAAUACGUCGUAUUCGUUACUCUUGAAUGGAAGAAUUCAGGGAUCUUUCAAAGGCGAACAAGGGCUAAGGCAAGGAGACCCAAUUUCCCCCCUCCUUUUUGUCCUAGUCAUGGAAUAUUUGUCUCGAAGUAUCCAAAAAGCGGCCAGAGAUAAGGAGUUCAGCAAGACUUCGGGACUUUCUAUAAAUUUUGCUAAAUCCCAGGUUUAUUUUGGUGGAGUUGAUCAUCCAAUUCCUCUUGCUCAGAAAAUAAAUCUUUCUAUAGGAGAGUUCCCUCUCAAGUAUCUUGGAAUCCCUCUUAGACCUACCAAAUGGAGACUUGAGGAUUGUGGGCCGAUCUUGAAAAAGAUGAAAAAUAAGCUUCAUUCGUGGGCCAACAAACAUCUUUCCUAUGCUGGCCGUGUUCAAUUAAUCCAUUCUACUUUCAUAGGAUUAAGAAACUAUUGGAUGAGAGUUUUCAUGUUACCUCAAAGUGUGAUUAAGGAGAUUGAGAAACUUUGCCGCGGUUUCCUUUGGGGUUUAAAAGACAAUCGCCCUAGAGUUCACUUGAUAAGUUGGGAAAAGGUGUGCCUCCCUAAAGCUUAUGGUGGUCUUGGGUUCAAGGAUGGUUCUAAAUGGAAUAAAGCUUCCUUAGCUAGAUUCAUUUGGGAUUUGAUGAACAAAAAAGAUUUAUUGUGGGUUAAGUGGAUUAACUUAAUUUAUCUUAAGGGGAGUGAUUUCUGGUCCUAUAGAAUGAGCAUGGAUACUAGUUGGUAUUGGAGAAAACUCUGCAGGUUACGAACAACCUUCAACAAAGAUGAUGUUGUGGCAGCGGGUGGAGAAAAGUUCAAAACCAGCAGAGUUUAUUGCAGCUUGCUGAAACAAACGUUAUUUCCUGCAGCGGGGGCUAUUUGGCAUGGUUUGAGCAUGCCUAAACACACCUUCCAACUUUGGCAAGCAACCCAAGACAAGUUGUUAACAAGGGAUCAUCUUAGCAAGCUGAACAUUCCUAUGUCUAAUCUGAAUUGGUGGUUUGUGAUAUUGAUCUUGAGAGUCAUAGCCACUUGUUUUUCAAGUGCAGACUUUCUUUCCUGGUUUUGUACAGGAUUUUUCAAUGGCUGGGCAUGGUUGGUUGGUCUGAGGACUAUGAUAGUUGGAGAGUUUGGUUGGGCUGCCCUAAGCUGA